CAAUGAUUCAUGCGAGUCUUCGGGAGCACUCCAAGACUAUCACGCAUCAUGCAUCGAGUCGUCGACGAGGGUAUAUGAAAUCUUGAGCGUCGUACAGCGCGCAAAUUGGCGGCCACACAUGUUCAACUCGGGGACCACACUCCCAAUCCCGCGCCCCUACAGCGUUUAAUUCGCGCAUCACUCGACGGUAACCUAGUCACAAGCAUCGCCUACGACAACACCUGGAGCGGCUGCUUAUAUCAGAAUAGUCGGGAUCGCUAAUCCAAGAGAGUUCGCGGCAUAUGUAACAUGCUGUCACUACCGCAAAUCAGUGGCCGAGAGACUUUCGACGGCCUCGUCCGAAAGCUUAGCAUAUUCUUCGUUUCAGCCAUCCAAACACCGCAAGAAUGGCAACAAUUGCAACGUGAUGUUUAUGGAAGUAGUUUGAAAUGGCUCAUCAAGUAUCUUGUGAACGAUGUCGAUCAUCCUUCAAUCAUCUGCGCGCUACUUGCCUUGAAAUGGCAUUUCAAUGCUAUUGAAUCUGACGAUGACAGGGGCAUCAAUGAAAGCCGGGGACUUGCAUGCGAGCUUGUGGCGUGGAGGUUGAUCAUGUAUAAAUCACACACCGAAGCGAUUGAUUCGCUAUGUUGUGAUUUGCCCCAGGUCUCGAAAGCGAGCGUUGAGGACGCAGCACGUCUAGCAGCUGAUGUUGAGCGAUGCGACGAGGACGAGGAUUUACUGACCGAACGAUCUCCGCUUCUGGACGAAGGCAGAGCUACAAUGGAGGACUCCUUCUAUGACGAAGACCCCAGUGACUCAGAAUAUGCAGAGCAGUCCAAUUUUGCAGCAACAUUCGCGGGCCUGAACGCGUUGGAAAUCGCCGCUGUGUCUGAUGCCAAGAAGUUUUUAUCACAGAAAGCUAUUCAAAGAAUCAUCGACGGGAUCUGGAACGGAGACAUCGCCUUCUGGGACUCAAUGGAUCGCAAUUCCGUGAAGCAGGCCAAAGUGUACCGCCGGACAGAUGCUGAUCCCUACUGUCGUCUAAGAGUGCCCCUCUUUUUGAAGGUGUUCGAGAUGAUGUUCUUCGCCGCGUUCCUUAUCUUCUACUAUAUUGUGCUUGUUCAGAAGCAUUCCGAGCACAUUUCCGGUCCCGAAGUCAUGAUGUACAUCUGGCUUGCCUCAUUCACAUAUAACGAGCUGGGCGAAUUUCUGGACGCUGGUUCGGCGUUCUACGCGUCAGACUUCUGGGCGCUGUGGGAUGUGGCGAUCAUUCUGACAGGCUUCACAUUCUUCGUAACAAGAGUCGUAGGACUAUAUACGAACAACCGAGCAACGGCAGACUUUGCCUUUGAUAUAUUGUCCAUAGAAGCGCUGUUCCUGGUGCCAAGGAUCUUCUCCGUGCUGAGCAUUUUGCCUUACUUCGGCAUGCUCCUGCCAGCGCUGAAAGAAAUGACGAAAGACUUCAUCAAGUUCCUUGGGCUCACCGCUAUACUGUACCUCGGCUUCUCAACCGGGUUGGCUUUUCUCGCACGGGGCACGUUCACAUUCGCGCAAAUGAACUGGAUUCUAAUCAAAGUGUUCUUUGGAUCAAGCUAUCUUGGAUUCGAUGCGGCAGAAAAGAUCUCCCCCGUGUUGGGCCCUUUUCUCAUGGUUAUUUUCUGCUGUUUGACAAAUAUCCUGCUGAUCACUUCGCUGAUCUCGUUGCUCUCGAACACCUUAACCAAGGUCCAGCAACAUUCCCGUGAUGAAUAUCUAUUUGUAUAUGCAGUGUACGUCCUUGAGGCCUCGACAUCGAACCGAUUGACUUAUUUCCUGCCACCCCUGGUGAGUGACAAUUCUAUCUUUAUCAAUAUUACAUUCCAAACAUGGGGUCGUGCUCAAAGCCCUUGUGGAGACACGUGUGGGCCCGUGGCUCUGCAACGGCGUCGCUAAAGGCGCCAUUCUUCAAGACGCCCGUCCAGGCCGCCCGGCCUUUCAUUUGCGUCUAAAUGUAGCAGCAAGCCGGGCGACGAAUC